AUGGAGAAUCGAUUGAAGGAUAUGAAGAGGAAAAAUGAGGAGCUAAAAAAUGAAAAGGCUAAAGUUGAGGCAAAACUGAAGAUGUAUUUGGAAAAGUUCAAAGAGUUGGAAAGUAGAGUAUCACUUCAGGAGGAAGAAGCUGCUAAAAAUCGUGCUGUGGAUGUCUCAGUGAUCCAAAAAAUGGUAGAAAAUUUGGAAGCGGAGGAUGAUGAUGUUGUAGAAGUUAAUAGUAAAGCUUCUGGUGCUGAUGGAGAUCUUCAGGAAAAGCAGUUGUCACCACCUAGGGCUCCAUCGGUUGAUUCAACUGCAAAUGGAAAUGGAAAUGGAAGUGCUAAAUCAAGAGAUGAAGCUACAGGCAGUGGUAACACGGACUUCAUUUCAACAAAAAUGAAUCUGGUUAAUUGUCCUGAUGUCCAGAUAUUGCAUCCCAUGCCUUCUGCUGCUGGUUCUGCUCAAGUCAAUAGCAAUGUUUCCAACAUAGCUAAGAAAAGACGCCAUUCAGAGGAAGCAGGUAGAGAUGAUUUCAACUUAAGAUAUUUGGGGAUUAGAAUUGUCAAUUUCUUAGUGGUCAAAAGGCAGCAAAUGAACUCAGCUAGAGAGAGGAGUAGAAGUUCAUUCUCCAUCCAUAUGACUGGAAUUUCACAAGCAAAGCACAUAUCAUCGUGCAGUCCUGCUGAUCUGCUCUACUGCAGAAGAAGGCCACAGAAAGAUCCAGCAUUUAUAUCAACAACAUGA